CAACGUAACGCCGAUCCCAAGUCCCAACCCGUUGUGGUUAUCAUGUAGAGCGGAUAAAACCGAACCCUAAAUCCGCCGAAGAUUAUCGACUGUAAUUUAUUGUUAUUUUCAUUAAUAAAAUAUUGUCGUACUUUAUUUGUGAACCAUGUCGUAGUGCGAGGUUUUUGGUUAAAAUUUUUUUUUUUUUUUUAAUAAACAAUUCAUUCAAACAACGACCCUCAUGUUAUUGAAUUGUCGUAGCCGCUAUUGUAUAUUUACUGUCGACAGUAAAUAGUUUUUGUACUACUACGGAACCGUUGACUCAAGAACAUAAUGACGGACGUUGCAGUGCGCCAGCCCGGCAACGAGGCCGGUGGCGAUGUGGAACCAGCCCAGGAAGAACAACCCCAACAAGGACGUUUUAAUAUGUUCUUUUCUGUAGUGAAAACAUUAAUUGUUCGAUCUUUAAUUAUUUAUUUUAUUACAUCGAUGUUCAAAAAACCUGCUCCGGCACCAAGUCCUGGUGGAGCAUCUUUAGAUACAGUUCCAUAUACAAAUUUGUUCGAGUUCGGAACACCAUUUGAUAUGUAUGUUUAUUUAUCAGAAGAUAAGUUUUUACAAGAAUUUCGCGAUAAAGAACUAAUAUGGCAUAAAACUAAUCUAGUAUAUGGAGACUGGGAUUCUGGUCCUAAUUUUGAUGGUACAUACACUAUACAGACAUCUUUUAUUCCUACUAAGAGCUUACAAAACAAUGGAUCUAUUUAUUUACAUGUGUAUUUCAUUAAAAAAACAAACUCAAAUAUUAGCAAACUUGAUCCUUAUGUUACAUACGCUUCCAAACAAUUAAAUAAGUAUAAAAAAGUUAAAUUCAUGAAAACCCACAAUCUUCUUACUGGUCAGACAUCACUUACACCUGAGCAAAUAGAAAAAGCAGAAAAGGUUGAGACUGAAAUUAUGUCACAUUGGCAUCCAAAUUUAACAAUUUGUAUGGUAACAGAUCAAACAAACUGGACAAAAGGAUCUCUACCACAGCCAUUCAGCGACUAUCUAGAAUUUUUACCAAAUCAUCAGUAUAAACCAAUGGUAUUUUUUAAUGAUUUUUGGAACAUGCUUCGAGAUUACCAGCCAAUUAAUGAAACUGUGAAACAAUUGGAUUUAUCGUUAACAUUCCAACCGAUGUCGUUAUUCAAAUGGCAAAUGUUUUCUGCACAAUCGAUGAGAAAUAAGUGGACUUCUGGGUUCUUAGGUGACGCUUUCGGAGCAGAAUCUAAUGAAGAUGAUCAAGAUCAAGACUCGCUAAAAGAAGCAUUAUUAGAGACUUCUCCUUAUAUUUUAGCCGCUACUAUAAUUGUAUCGAUAUUACACAGUGUAUUUGAAUUGCUAGCAUUUAAAAAUGAUAUUCAAUUUUGGAAAGAAAGGAAAUCCUUGGAAGGCUUAUCAGUUCGUGCAGUAUUCUUUAAUGUAUUCCAGUCUGUUAUUGUAUUGUUGUAUGUACUUGAUAACGAUACAAAUACAAUUAUUCGUAUCAGUUGCUUUGUUGGUUUGGCUAUUGAAUGUUGGAAAAUUAACAAGGUGGUGGACAUAAGUUUGGACAGAGAAACUCGGUACUUUGGAAUUAUCCCAAAAUUGAAAUUCAAAGAAAAGGGUUCAUACGCAGAGUCGGCCACCAAAGAAUACGAUCAACUUGCUUUUAAAUAUUUAUCUUGGGUGUUGUAUCCAUUGCUCAUUGCUUAUGCCCUAUAUUCAUUAGUGUAUGAAGAACAUAAAGGAUGGUAUUCAUGGGUUCUUAACAUGCUGUAUGGAUUUUUACUUAUGUUUGGAUUUAUCACUAUGACACCACAGUUGUUCAUCAACUACAAGUUGAAAUCGGUGGCCCAUUUACCAUGGCGCAUGAUGUCUUACAAAUGUUUGAACACGUUCAUCGACGACAUAUUUGCAUUUGUUAUAAAAAUGCCCACAAUGUAUCGAUUAGGGUGUUUCAGAGACGAUGUUGUGUUUUUCAUCUUUUUGUACCAAAGAUGGAUUUACAGAGUUGAUCCUACGAGAGUAAACGAGUUUGGAUAUGCAGCUGUACCACCCGAAGAAGAGACGCAAGCGAUCGAAGAAGAUAAAACCGAAGAUGACAAAAAGAAUGAUUAAUAAACUAAUAAUUGUUAACCAAAUGCGUUUGUAUCAGUCAGUAGAUAUAAUAUGUUAUACUAUUCAUUUUUUUUAUAUAUAUAUAUUUAUAAAUAUAAAUAUCGGCAUAAUAAUUAAUUAUAAAAUGUGGCUUUUGUAAGUUA